CUUUAUGCUGUUCCAUCGCAGCCAUCUAGUUGCAUUAUUUAUUGCGCGGCCUCGAGAUUGGUGAAGCCAUCGGAAGACGAAGAAAGAGAGGGGGUGGCUGAGAGUUGUUCAUUUUUGUUAGUUUUAUUCUCUCUCUCUCUCUCUGUAAAUGCUUUGUACAGUCUUCGUCCUCCUUUCAUUCUUCUGUGUUCUCUGGUUCGUUUAAGAUAAGCUCUUAACCUGUAUUAAGUGGUUUUUGAGCGUUGUUAGAGAACCAGGGUUGUCCGUUUUUGUGUUGUUUGUAUGAGUGUAAUCGAAUUUAUUCAUAUAGUGCAGUGAGUUUUUCUCACCGAAGCUCAAGUGGACGUAACCCUGAUUUGGGGUGAACCACUAUAAAUCUUUUGCCUCUUGUUACGUUUUUGUUUUUGAUAUAUGCUGUGUUUGAGUUAUAUGUUUUUAUACUCUCGGCCAUCAAUGUUUAUUCAGCAGUGUGUGAUUUUGGCUUGAGCGAGUGUUUGCUAUCGCCUGUUAUCUGUAACAUGCAUUAAAAAUAUUAUUUUGAAUUUUGAUGUAUAAUUUAAAAUUUAUAAUCUUAAUUUUUGUUGGAUGUUUUCAUUUUAAUUACAGAUAUAAAGUUUUAGAUGUUGCAAUUUCUUCUUAUUUUAAUAUUAUUUUGACUUUAAUCACAUGUUUGGAUAGGUUUGGGACGAGUUUCGGGUGGCCUUAGGGUUGAUUUGGUGUGGUUUGGGUAGAUGAUUUAGGGAACAGGUUCCUUGCAAGGAUCCCUGAACCCUGUGGGGACAGGGUUGGGGUUGACUUUCCCUUUUCGUUUGAGUUUGGGUUUGGAGAUCAGAUUGGGAGUUCUGGUUUGGACUCGGGGAUGGCACUCUGCCUUCCCUACUUCCAAGCUUAAAGGCGUCCUUAGUACCAACCAUUACCUAAUAGAUUCAAAAUAAUAAUUUAGGUUACUGAAGAAUAUUUGAUUUCCUAAAUUAUAUAAUAUUCUAUUUAGGCACUGAAUUGAUUACUAAGCAUUACUUGCGCACUCUUUUAGGCAUUUGAAAUAAUGGCAUUUCUUAAGUUAUAAAGCAAUUAAUGUAGUGAGGGUUUUUUAUGUUUAAUUGGUGCCAAUUAGGAAAUGACAUGUUAUUCUGGGUAUUUUUAGAAUUAAAAAAUCAGAAAGAAGAAAAAUUAGAUUGAGGAUUUGGGCUAUAUAUUAAUAUAGAUUUAGUAUUAGAGCAAAAGAUUAAAAGUACUUUUACAAAUUAUACAGUAUAAUCAUGUUUCAUAACUCCCGUUAAUUAUUUAAAAAGUUGUAACUGCAAAAUUCAGGUUGAUAUUUAGCAAAUCUUUUCAUAUCAAAACAUCAUUGAGAAUUUAAUUAGGUCAUAUUUUGUGUAUUCAUUACUUUGUAACAGCCAAGUAUCAUAUCACACUUCUCACAACGUGGACUGUUAGACAAGGAAAAGGUGCAAGGUAACUAUCCAGUUCCUCUCCUUGAACCCUCUCUGAGCUGCAGGAUGGCAAAAUAUGGCGGUGGUGGCAGCUGUAGCUGUGACUGUUGCUGUGUCCAUAGCAGAGCUAGUGUAGAGGAGAUAAAGCCACAUCCUGUGACAGAGCAGCUCCCAGGCAUUCAAUAUUGCGUUAACAGUCCCCCUCAUUGGUCUGAAGCUAUUCUUUUGGGAUUCCAGCAUUAUGUCAUAACUCUAGGAACUACAGUCUUUAUUCCAAGCAUGUUUGUCAACCAAAUGGGAGGUAGCAAUGUUGAGAAGGCCAAGGUGAUACAAACUUUACUCUUCGUGUCAGGAUUGAGCACGCUAUUGCAGUCCUUAUUUGGUACCCGGCUCCCAUCAGUAAUUGGUGGUUCAUAUGCUUAUAUCAUUCCCAUAAGCUCCAUUCUACAUGUGAAAAGAUAUCAAAUGUCACCAGAGCCUUGCGAUGCAGAUUGUGGAUACCAGAGGUUUGAGCGGACAAUGAGAGAAAUGCAGGGUGCUUUGAUUGUUGCAUCAUGUUUCCAGAUGCUUAUCGGUUUCCUGGGCAUAUGGAGAAAUAUUUUAAGGUUUAUUACUCCUCUUUCUAUGGUUCCUCUCAUGACUAUGACUGGAUUUGGGCUCUAUUAUCUUGGUUUCCCGCUGGUGGUAAAGUGUGUUGAAAUUGGGCUCCUGGAGUUAAUUUUAGUAAUUAUCAUCUCACAGUAUCUUCCUCAUUAUUUGAAAAUGAAGAGACGUAUAUAUGAUAGAUAUGCUGUUAUGCUCUCAGUUCCUUUUUUGUGGGUUUUUGCACAAGUGCUGACAUCCAGUGGUGCGUACCACAAAGCUUCUUCAGAAUCUCAGGCUGUCUGUCGCACUGAUCGUGCUGGACUCAUCAGUGGGGCUCCCUGGAUAUACAUCCCAUAUCCAUUCCAGUGGGGAAUGCCCACCUUUAAGGCAGGUGAAGCUUUUGCAGUGAUGGCAGCUUCAUUUGUUGCUUCUGUUGAGUCUACUGCUACAUUUCUUGUGACAGCAAGAUAUGGGAGUGCCACACCUGUUCCAGCUUCUGUUCUUAGUCGCGGUAUUAGCUGGCUGGGAUUUGGGACUUUCCUAACUGGCAUCUUUGGCACUGUGACUGGGUCUACUGCAUCAGUUGAGAAUGCUGGUUCAUUGGCCUUGACUAGAGUUGGAAGCCGACGAGUCAUUCAAAUAUCAGUUGCCUUUAUGAUAUUCUUCUCUAUAUUAGGCAAAUUCGGAGCAUUUUUUGCUUCAAUACCUCUGCCAGUUCUAGCAGCUUUGAAUUGUGUCUUCUACAGCUAUGCAUCUUCAGCAGGCCUCGGUCUUCUCCAAUAUUGCAAUUUGAACAGUUUCAGAACAAAAUUCAUAUUAGGCUUAUCCUUCCUCCUGGGCCUUUCAAUACCACAAUACUUCAGGGAGCAUCAGCUUAGCACCGGGGCCAGUCCUGUUCGCACACACGCCAGAUGGUUCAAUGACAUGGUGACCGUCAUCUUUACGUCUCACACGGUGGUGGCUGCCUCGGUCGCGGUGCUGCUGGAUUGCACUCUGUGUCGCGAGGAUGACGAAACUCGGAAAGAUAGAGGCUCGCAUUGGUGGGAGAAGUUCGCUUCAUAUAAUACAGAUGUUAGGAGCCAUGAUUUUUAUCGUCUGCCAUUCAAACUGGACAAGUUUUUCCCACCUCUGUAAGUUAUUUGUAGCCCCCCUUGGUUGGCUACCGUCGUUACUUCAUUCUUUUGUUUUCUUCUGGCUGGAUGAUGAGGGCAAACUCAAAAUAAUUUGCUAUUCCUGUUUGAUGAACCAUCAUCAUCAACCUCUGCUACCUGUUAAUUAUUACCAUAAUUCGAAAGUUCUCUCUCGUCUCUUUCUACGAGAUUUUGUCAUAUACAUAUACAUAUAUAUAUGUAUGAGAUUUGCUUUAACAUGCCCUCUUUGUUA